GCCCGGCAAGGAACAUCAAUGCAUUGAAUCAAAGGACACUCGCACCCAGCUCAGCUCACAAGUCACCCCGUCAGCUCCUGGCCGCCAUAAAUGUCGCUGCCGAUGUCUCCAAUUCCUCGAGCUCUCUAGAGCACCUAAAUACCAGUUUGUUCCGUCUACCCAUAGUCGUAUCGCUAGCUGAACACACCACAAUUAUAGCCUAAGCGACGAAUCUCAGCUAUAUUAUCAACCGCGACGCCUGCGUGUUCCUGAAUACCUACACUUUUCGCCGGCACUCUGAAGCUGCUCAAAAUGAGCGCAUCCGAGUCGAGCACGCUGCAUCCCAAUACUCCUGUUCCAGCUGCUCAAGCGCCAUUAAUCGCGUCGAAAGUUCCUCUACUUGGCGAAGGAUUCCAAGAAACGACAAGGACAUCUAUGUUCAAAUCUGCCGACAGCAGCGAUGCCGAGGAAGAUUUUGAGAAGACGGAAGGUGAUGGAGUGAAGCAAGCAAGGAGGAGAUUGUUUGGAUUUGGGAAGAAAAAAGAGGAUGAUAAGACGAAAGGAAAGAAGAAGAGUGAGCUCGCGCCAGUCACGAGCUUGGGAAAUUUCACAACACCAAUCGCACAACCCGUAGCACGUCGAAUUCCUCUACAGAACUCCUCCCCCCCGCGAUCACACCCAGACUAUCCAUAUCAUACAUCUACUUCGCCGCAACGGAAUCUGUACUCCUCCUCUCCCCGUAUCGUGUCACCUGCUGGCUCGCAAAUAUUUGAGAGAGAUGUGCAGGACGAUACACUCCCAGGACCGAACUCUCCAGCGAUCCCAUCACACAUUCAGACAGAGAAUCAUAUUCCGCCAGUGUUAGAUGCUUCCUCGGAAGCCAUUACGAACAACGAACUCAAUCCAGAUACAGUUGAAAUUGUGAUGCACUCCUACCACCAACCUGCCGCGGUGGCAGUGACGGGCAUGGGCAUGGAACCGAUUGCAGGGAAUUGGGCGGAUGAGCUUAUUGCCCAUCCAGACAAAGAUGACGCAGCUUCGAACUACGGUGCGCUGGAUAGUACAGAUGUUCGACGGUUGAGUUUCAUCUCCUUUUCAGAUAUUGUACAGUCCGAGCAUGCAGAGCAUGCUGGGAGCAGAGACUCUAUGUACGUGGCGGGCUUAAGUACAUUGUCUUCGGGAUACAACAGGUCACCUUCGCCGGUACGAUCCCCGGUCUCAUCCCAAGGGUUCGGUACGUCCCCUCCAACAAGCAAAUCCGCAUCCGUAAAGGGCGUUGAGCUGUCGCCCCGAGGGAAGGCUCUGGGAAGUCCGAUUUUGACUCAUCCAACGCUCAAUGGUGGCGAGCUGACAAUAGAGACGAUGUCCCAAGCUUUGAGAAGGACAGGGAGUGGUGAUCUCAGUGGCGUGAGGAGUCAGCCUCUGAGCCCGUCGAGCCCGGAUGGACUGUCUGAUAAGUCCUUCCGUUGAAACUUGCGAAGAUCACGAGGUUCGGGGAAUUCUUCCGGUGUUUUAGUUCUUGAAUUACAUAUAUCCGGGGUGCUUUGGGAUUGGCUUGAUUGGGGCAGGGCGGGAUGGGAUAUGGUCUCUUGUUUGGUGGUGUUUGCUUUUGCUUCAUGGUCAAUGUCUCAAUGAUGACGAGCACUGGAAAUAACUGGGCACUUCUCACUUCGCGGACUCCGUGCUGACCUCCAAAAAAUGCCAAACACCCUCUUGAGUCUUGCUAAAGCAAGGCACCAG